CCUGGCUCCGGAAGUGGCAGGUCCCCGCUCGUGGUCCCCAUAUCGCGCAGCGCCGUACGAGCUCGAGUGCGGCCCGAGCCCCCGGUGUUCCUGCGGCCAUGGCAUCGCGGCCAGUGCGCGUGCUGGUGGACAUGGACGGCGUGCUGGCUGACUUCGAGGGCGGCCUCCUGCGGGGCUUCCGCCGCCGCUUCCCCGAGGAGCCGCACGUUCCGCUGGAGCAGCGCCGGGGCUUCCUCGCCCGCGAGCAGUACCGCGCCCUGCGGCCCGACCUGGCGGAUAAAGUGGCCAGUGUGUAUGAAGCCCCGGGCUUUUUCCUAGACUUGGACCCCAUCCCGGGGGCCCUGGAGGCCAUGCGGGAGAUGAACGAAAUGCAAGACACCGAGGUCUUCAUCUGCACCAGCCCUCUGCUGAAGUACGACCACUGCGUGGGUGAGAAGUACCGCUGGGUGGAGCGGCACCUCGGGCCCCAGUUUGUGGAGCGCAUUAUCCUGACCAGGGACAAGACCAUGGUCCUGGGGGACCUCCUCAUCGAUGACAAGGACACCAUUCGAGGCCUGGAGCAGACACCGCACUGGGAGCACGUCUUGUUCACCUGCUGCCACAAUCGGCACCUGGCCCUGCCCCCAACAAAGAGAAGGCUGCUGUCCUGGAGUGACAGCUGGAAGGCCAUCAUAGACAGCAAGCUGGUAGCUGUGCGGCAGGAGUGAGGAGGAAUGAGCAGGAGCGCAGUGCAGGGCGCUGAAGGGGAGUCCGUGCAGAGCUGGGUCACCGGGCACAGCAGGAGCACAGAGAUCCCCUCCGGCACAGGCCCAGGCCCCAGUACCUCCCUUGGUGGUCCCAGAGCAUGGCUGGCACAGAAUUACAGUGGCAGAAUCAGGCAAGACCUUUUUAAUAAAAAAUAUGGGCUCUCUG